AUGAUUGUGUACGCUCCACUGGCCCUAGGGCUGCUCAUACACAUUAAACGCAGUUAUGGCAUGCACUUUCCCGACUGUGACCGCGGACCUCUCCUCUUAACAGAGAACGAUGUAUGCAAUUUACAGAUGUCACCUUCUGAUCGCGCUGCAGCCUUGGUGAAUAGCAUGAACAUCACUGAGAAACUGGGCAAUCUCAUUGAAGCAAGCGCCGGGUCCUCCCGUCUGGGUAUACCGCCCUACAACUGGUGGAACGAAGCGCUGCAUGGUCUUGGAUAUUCUGAUGGUGUUAGCUUUGGCGUGAACUUUUCAAUCGUCACGGAGAAUCCUGUAGGAGAAUUCUCGUCUGCCACGUCCUUUGCCAUGCCCCUGCUUCUUGCCGCUGCCUUUGACGACGAGAUGAUCUACGACGUUGCAGACACCAUUAGCACUGAGGCCCGUGCCUUUAGUAACGGCGGCCGUGCAGGUCUCGACUACUGGACCCCGAACGUCAAUCCAUAUCGCGAUCCACGCUGGGGCCGAGGGUCUGAAACCCCUGGAGAAGAUCCACGGCGAAUCAAGGGAUAUGCCGCUCACUUCCUGCGUGGCCUGGGAGGAAACCACAGCUCGAACACGAGAAAGACAUUGACACACUGCAAGCAUUACGCCGGAUAUGAUCUGGAAACAUGGGGCGGUUAUAGCCGCUACGGAUUCGAAGCCAAUAUCACUAUGCAAGACCUUGUUGAAUAUUACUUGCCGCCAUUCCAGCAGUGUGCGCGGGACUCCAAAGUCGAUUCCAUCAUGUGUUCAUACAACAUGGUCAAUGGCGUGCCGGCCUGUGCCAAUUCCUACCUUAUCGACCGCGUCCUACGGCAGCAUUGGAACUGGACAGCCUCAUCGCAAUACCUAGUCACAGACUGUGGUGUUGUAGAAGCGACCGUAGAGCACACGCAUUAUACCUCAAGUCUUGCUGAAUUCAGUUCAUUGGUAUUUGAGACAGGCGUCGAUCUUGUGUGCGCGGGAGACACGCCAACCGGUAUUUCAGAGGCAUAUAAUAAAUCCUUGCUCUUGGAGGAGACAAUCGAUAUGUCUUUGCGCCGCCAGUACGAAGCGUUGGUGCGCGUUGGAUACUUCGGGCCCAACUCGACAGAUCCAUACGUAUCAUUGGGUUGGUCCGCUGUUAACACGCCCAGGAGCCAAGCUUUGGCACGGAAGACGGCGGCACAAAGUAUGGUGCUGCUCAAAAACGAUGGCUCUUUGCCAUUCAUAUUCACAAACGACACCAAGGUAGCGCUCAUUGGGGCUUAUGCCAAUGCCACCUGGCAAAUGUUGGGUAGCUACUUCGGUGUUCCUCCCUAUUACCACGGGCCACUCUACGCAGCAAAGCAACGGGGUUUGAAGACUUUUUACGCAUCUGGUCCCUCCACUUCAUCAAACGCAACUGGUAAUUGGACAGAGCAGAUAGAAGCCGCCCGGAAAGCUGACGUUGUGCUGUACUUUGGGGGUAUCGAUGUUUCAUCCGCGAGUGAACUUAAUGACCGCUCAUCCGUCGCGUGGCCCGCCUCUCAGCUGAGUGUCAUCAAGGAAAUCUGCGCCCUUGGAAAGCCCUGUGUUGUCGUUCAGCUAGGCGACCAACUCGACGACACUCCACUCCUCGAUAAUCGUAAUGUUUCUGCAAUCCUGUGGGCGGCAUAUCCUGGUCAGGAUGGAGGGCCAGCCAUUUUUGAUGUUUUAACUGGCUUAAUCCCUCCUGCCGGUCGAUUGCCCGUCACACAGUACCCCUCUAGGUACGUGGAUCAAGUUCCAAUGACGGACAUGUCUCUCCGGCCGCAAGGUGACCGGCCGGGACGGACAUACUGGUAUUAUGAGGAUGCAGUUCUGCCUUUUGGGUAUGGGCUGCAUUAUACGACUUUCGCGGCUGUAAUUCAGGGCCAUAGAACGAGCGCUCAGUCCUCGUCCGCUCGUGAUCAUUCUUUGCAUCUGGGUUCAUACCACAUCAAGGAGCUAUUGGCCGAUUGCAAGACCCAGUUUCCGGAUCUUUGUCCGCUACCGCCGGUAGUUGUGAAUGUAACGAAUACAGGUAGUCGGACGUCCGACUUUGUUGUCCUUGGCUUUAUCGCGACUACUGUCGGUCCCCCUCCGCAUGCUGCCAAGAAGCUCGGUGCUUAUACUCGUUUGAACGCCGUCGUGCCCCAAGAAACUCGAUCUGCUUCACUUUAUUUUACGCUGGGAGAUCUGGCUCGCGUGACCGAGCGGGGCGAUCGUGUGCUUUACCCCGGGGUUUACAAGGUGCUGAUCGACGUGCCUACACAAUCUACAGCAACCUUAGAGCUGUUGGGAACUGAGGCUACUCUGGAGUCAUGGCCGCAACCUGUGUAG